UUCGCUGCCGCCUUGUGUGAGCUGGUAAAAAUAGGACUGAGUCGCGGACUGUCCUGCAGACAGAGGGAUAACUCGGGCUGUACUGCAGCUUCCUGGCCGUGACAGAGGCCAACUCCUGAGGUGAACGUCGCCAUCAGUCUGCCGGCAUGGAGAUGUCCAGCCCGACUGUCCUGUCAAUGCUCGGCCUGGGCUCCAUGGCCCACUCGGCCGGGCUUGUGGAGAUCGCGGUGCGGCUGUGCUUGAACCAGCGCGAACAGUUGUGUCCUCACGUGUGGGUUCCCAUCCUGAAGCCUCAGCGGCCGUGCAUCCGCCCCCCAGCAACAGACCAGCUCCCCGUCGACGUCACGGGCCAUCUGGGCCACCCCUUCUCGCCUUUCCUGAGGGACCCGGACGACGACAGCGACCUCUCGACCCCAAUCAAGAACAGGCGUGUGGUAUUUGCAGACUCGCUGGGUUUCUCCCUGGCAGCCGUGCGCGUGUUUUCCCAUGAAGAGGAUCAGAGGGACCUGGGCCCGCUGCCCUCUCUGCAAGGCUUAGGGAGCAUGACGGGGGACGGCUACAGCUGCACCGUCAGCACCUGCUGCCCGGGGACUCGGCUCAAGCUGGGCUUCCCGCAGCCCUCGCUGGACUUCCAGGCCUUCCGAGCCAAGCUGGCCGAGAGCAUGGUCACCCUGGAGAGCUGCAGCGUCAGCGAACAGGCCCUGCAGGGCAGCGCGCGGGUCAGGAACCUCAGCUUUCAGAAGGACGUGCGCGUGCGCAUCACCUUCGACUCCUGGGGCAGCUACAGGGACGUCCCCUGCACCUACCUGCAGAAGCGCUUCGGAGGGCCCCAGACCGACAUCUUUGAGUUUGACAUUGCCGUUCCUAAAGUGCUGGACGCCAAGAGGAAGAUCGAGUUUUGUUUGAUGUAUCUGCCCGGAGGGCACAGGGAGCCGUUUUGGGACAAUAACAACGGGGAGAAUUACAGCAUCCUGGUUUGUGUGAGCUCACAUCUCUGCCACGGGACGGGCGAGAGGGCAUGAGUAACCCAGCUUAUAUAUGAUCGCUUUUUAUUUUCUCCGUUUCAUAGCCUAUUUCUUUAGUUUUAAAGUGGUUCUUUUGUGGUUUUUAUUUGUUUAAAUAAAUCUCUUCUCUUCUACUCCAUUUUCACCCCACAUUCUCAUGGUCUGUCCCACAUUUUGGCCUCUGGUCUCAUGAAUUACUCUUGUGCAACGGCGGAGGGAUCCCUUUCACUGCGGGCGUCACUAGUAUUCCCACAAAUGUCAAAGAUUGCUGGCCCGUCGCACACAGAAGCCUCAAGCUAAUCUUAGCCGAGGUCUGUUUACAGUCUGACAGGAAUCCCAUCACCUUCCCUUUACUUUCGGAGCCAAAACCCACGCCUAACUCUUGUUUCAUGUCAUUGGCUGUGGGUAGUUUUUGAAGCAGGAAACUGGAGUCGGUAUCAUAGGGUUUCAAAAGAUGCUUGGACAUGUUGACAUUUUGUGAAUGUUUUAGAAUCUUUAGAAAUCAAGUGAAAAUAAUUUUGUUUUUGGCUGAAAGUCAAAUUUCUGAAAAGCAGUAACGUCGAACUUUGUUGUGCAGCAAAUGACAAAAACAGCAAUAUCAUGAAGGCGGAAGAGAGUCUCAGUAAAAAGUGAUGUAGGCACUGGUGGUAAAGUUGUGUAAAGGCCUUAAAUUAAAGCACUCCAUAAACGAUGGGAAAAUCCAUGAUUUGUGUGCAUUGAUUUAGUGGGGCAAAUCAGUGAUGGGACAGCUUUAGAGUAACAAUGUUUCUGACGCUCCAGGAAGACAAAUCGAAACAUUGUAAAACAUUCCUUCCCUAAAAGAUGUCAAUUAAAAAGAUUUAAAGGAA